AUCUGGGCCCUGGGAGCCGAGUCAUGGGGGGCACCAGCCCAGCCCCUCGCCUUGUCUCCGCAGGAGCUGCGGGGAUGGAAGGGACGACGCCCCCCGUCAUCGCGCUCAGCCCCGUGGUGGAGAGGCCGCGGGGCGAAGCUCAGUCGGGCCACUCCCAUAAGCCCCUGGAGCUCUUUGACCGCCAGCGGAUCUUCGAGGCGGCGGCCCAGGGCAGCUGCGAGGCGCUGCGGGAUCUCGGCCUCUACCUGCGCCGGAGCGGCAAGAAGCUCACCGACAGCGAGUUCAAAGACCCGGAGACGGGCAAGACGUGCCUGCUCAAGGCCGUGCUGAACCUGCGCGACGGCCACAACGAGGCCAUCCCCUUCCUGCUGGACGUGGCCAGGCAGACGGGCGACCUGCGGGACUUCGUCAACGCCAGCUACACGGACAGCUACUACAGGGGCCAGACGGCUCUGCACAUCGCCAUCGAGAGACGCAACAUGGCUCUGGUGACCCUCCUGGUGGAAAACGGCGCCGACGUCCACGCGGCGGCCCACGGGGACUUCUUUAAGAAGACCAAAGGGAGACCUGGCUUUUAUUUUGGCGAGCUGCCCCUCUCCCUGGCCGCCUGCACCAACCAGCUGGCCGUGGUGCAGUACCUGCUGCAGAACCCGCACGAGCCGGCCGACAUCGAGGCCAGGGACUCGGCGGGCAACACGGUGCUGCACGCGCUGGUGGAGGUGGCCGACGACACGGCCGAGAACACGCAGUUCGUGACGCGCAUGUACAGCGAGCUGCUGAUCCUGGGCGCCCGCCGCCGGCCGGCGCUCAAGCUCGAGGCGCUCACCAACAAGAAGGGGCUCAGCCCGCUGGCGCUGGCGGCCAAGAGCGGCAAGAUCGGGGUCCUGGCCUACAUCCUCCGCAGAGAGAUCCGCGAGCCCGAGUGCCGCCACCUGUCGCGGAAGUUCACCGAGUGGGCCUACGGGCCGGUGCACUCGUCGCUCUACGACCUGUCGUGCAUCGACACCUGCGAGAAGAACUCCGUGCUGGAGGUGAUCGCCUACAGCAGCAGCGAGACGCCGAACCGCCAUGACAUGCUGCUGGUGGAGCCCCUGAACCGGCUGCUGCAGGACAAAUGGGACCGCUUUGUGAAGCGCAUCUUCUACUUCAACUUCUUCGUCUACUCCGUGUACAUGGUCGUCUUCACCUGUGCCGCCUACCACCGGCCCGUGGACGGCUUGCCUCCCUUCCGGUUCGACUACUCCACGGGCGCCUACUUCCGCGUCACCGGGGAGCUGCUGUCCGUGCUGGGGGGCGUCUACUUCUUUUUCCGAGGGAUUCAGUACUUUCUGCACCGGAGACCCUCCCUCAAGACCCUCUUCGUGGACAGCUACAGCGAGGUGCUCUUUUUCGUCCAGUCCGUGUUCCUCCUGGUCUCUGUCGCGCUCUACUUCAGCCAUUGCAAGGAAUACGUGGCCUCCAUGGUCUUCUCUCUGGCCAUCGGCUGGACCAACAUGCUCUACUACACCCGAGGCUUUCAGCAGAUGGGCAUCUACUCAGUCAUGAUUGAGAAGAUGAUCUUAAGAGACCUGUGCCGUUUUAUGUUUGUCUAUCUGGUCUUCCUAUUUGGAUUUUCCACAGCGGUGGUGACACUGAUCGAGGACCACAAGAACAUCACGGAAGCUGCCUGCCAGGGGGGGCGGCGCUCAGCUUGCUGCAAGCCCUGUGCCAGCUCCUACAACAGCUUCUACUCCACGUGCCUGGAGCUCUUCAAGUUCACCAUUGGCAUGGGCGACCUGGAGUUCACCGAGAACUACGACUUCAAGGCCGUCUUCAUCAUCCUCCUGCUUGCCUACGUCAUCCUGACCUAUAUCUUGCUGCUCAAUAUGCUCAUCGCCCUCAUGGGGGAGACUGUGAACAAGAUCGCGCAAGAGAGCAAAAACAUCUGGAAGCUCCAGAGAGCCAUCACCAUCCUGGACACAGAGAAGAGCUUCCUGAACUGCAUGAGGAAAGCCUUCCGGUCAGGGAAGCUGGUGCAGGUGGGCUACACACCCGAUGGGAGGGACGACUACAGGUGGUGCUUCCGAGUCGACGAGGUCAAUUGGACCACCUGGAACACCAACCUGGGCAUCAUCAACGAGGACCCCGGGAAUUGCGAGGGCGUCAAGCGCACCCUGAGCUUUUCCUUGCGGUCCGGCCGAGUUUCAGCCAAACACUGGAAGAACUUUCCUCUGGUUCCACUUUUGAGAGACGGGACGGCCCGGGAGCGGCGCCCCAACCCGCCCGACGACGUCCGGCCGAGGCCCUUCUCGGGCUCCCUGAGGCCCGAAGACGCCCACGUGCCGAAGGACCCGCCGGCUUCGGGCUCCGAGUAGGCCCUGCCCUCGGGCCGCCCAUCGCCCCCCCCCCCCCCCGCUGGCCAUCCCGCACUGCCCGGAGGUAGAAGGCGGGCACUGCCCAGCCGCUGCCAGGCACCCCGGGGUGCCUUUGUCCCCCGUGCCCGUCUCUGUCACGCUGCGCCGCUACGUGUGUCCAAUAAAGGCCUCCAAGGCCCGGAGAGGCCCGCUGUGUGGA